AUGGUGGCUGUGAUUCCUUGGAUUGCUAUACUUGUGAUUCCCUUUGGCAUGAUUUUCUUUGUUGUCCAGUGGUAUUUCUUAAGGACAUCACGAGAUGUGAAAUGCCUGGAAUCUGCAGCACAGAGUCCAGUGUUUUCUCACUUAGCAUCUUCUCUCCAGGGACUCGGGACCAUCCGGGCAUACAAAGCCGAACACAAGUUUCAGAAACUGUUCGAUUCACACCAGGAUUUGCACUCAGAGGCUUGUUUCCUGCUUUUGACGAUGUCCCAACAGCUCGCUGUGUAUCUGGAUGUCAUCUGUGCCAUCUUUAUCACUAUUGUUGCCUUUGCGGCCCUGAUUCUGGCAGAUACUCUGAAUCCUGGGGAGGUUGGCCUGGUCCUGUCUCUAAUCAUCACACUUACGGGGAUGUUCCAGUGGUGUAUCAGGCAAAGCACCGAAGUUGAGAAUAUG